UAUGCUGUGAUUUGUGCUUUUGUCAGUAUAUAUUGUUUAGGCUAGUAUAUUAUAUCUAGUCUGCUUAGUCUGUUUAUCACGCGUUCCCGGAAGUCUCAAUAUGUUUCUCCUCUGGGUUUAUAAACACUGUGUAAUAACUUUACCAACGUUAUGGCCGACAUAACCCAUAGCUUCGAUUAGUACACAAUGAACGCAUGCGCAGUACGUAAUCUUCACUUUCAAUCCAACACGCGCUCUCUUCCAAGAUGUCAGCGCCUAUAGAAAUAGUUUUAUGUGCCGAUUCGGCUGGACAGCUAUGGAACUGUGCCGUUCUCGAACUCCAUUUUGGUACAAAUCUCUUGGCAAUACUUCUUCGAGGUCCCUCACAGUUUUGAAUGGAGAGUACAUCCUCGGAGCCCAACUCGGGAAAAACUUCAACGUGUGGGAAAUCCAGAGAAAGGAAGCUAGUGACCUGUCUGUCUGUGUCUAUGGACGGCACUCUCCUCCUCUCGGGGUCCCACGACGAGACCAUACGACUGUGGGACAUCCAAAGCAAUCAGAGCAUCCGCAGCAUCAACCACAAAGGUCCGGUCACCAAUGCCCUCAUCAUCCCUGCCCCUGCCAACAUGUUCCUUCCUGACAGUCGCCCCGGGCAUCCCCCUGCCCCGCUUCAGCCGGCACCUCAACCCUCUAGUGCAGGCUGAGGGCACUGAGACUGGAGGAGUGUGCC